CAGUUCAUGUGUCCAAGAUGCACCUUGAAUGCACAGAAGAUGCCAAACCCAGAGCUGCUGAGCAAGAUUAGAUUCCAGAGAAACAAUUGGAAGGAAACUUGUUGACAGCCGGCAGAAAGAUCUCCAGACCGACUGCAUCAUGAGUUUGAGGGUCAAGCAAAACAGACGAGAUAGACUUUGUGCGGUUUCAGAAGGCUUCAGCACAAAGUCCAUGGGAUCCUACCCAGUCCUAAACGCCAGCACCACAAAUAAUGUGGUUCCCAUUAAACCUCUCAACAAGAAUCUCCUUACUCCUGUGAAGGUAGACAUCGAUUCUGCAGCCCAGGCUCUGCGCAUCCAGGAGAAGGAUCAGAUCAGGGGUCUGAAUAAUCGCUUUGCAUCAUACAUCCAAAAGGUCCAACUGCUGGAGCAACAGAAAACAAUAUUGGAAACCAAGUGGCAGCUGCUGCAGGAACCAACUAUCACUUCCUCCGAUACUGAGCCCGUAUACAAAGCCUUCAUUGCUAAUCUGGAAAAACAGCUGGACCUCGCACACAAAGACAAAGAGAGGCUUGAAGUGGAACAGAGACACGCUUUCAGUCAAGUGGACAGUUACCAAUCAAAGUAUGAAGAGGAGCUCAACCGAAGGUUUAGUGCAGAGAAUCUCUUUGUCGAAAACAAAAAGGACGUGGAUGCAGGAUACAUCGCUAAGGUGGAACUAGAAACCAUGUUGUCAGGUCUUGAAGAAUGCUUCAAGUUCCUUAGUGCUGUUUAUGAUGCUGAGAUGAGAGAGGUACAGGGGAGCCUGAAGGAAACCUCUGUGGUGGUGGAGAUGGACAACUCCCGCAGCCUGAACAUGGAUCAGGUUGUGUCUGAUGUUAAGGCUAAGUAUGAGGAAAUCGCUGCCUGCAGCCGUGAAGAAACAGAAAAUUGGUACAAGAAAAAGUUUGACAUGAUGACAUUUCAGGCGAAACAGGGUGAUACUGAGCUUUCCUCCACCAAGGGGGAAAUAGUUGCGCUCAAACGGACGAUCAGUCACCUACAGCGUGACAUUGAUACCCUAAAACUACACCGCGAAACCCUUCAGAGCAGCAUUACUGAAGUGGACACGCGUGGACAAAAUGCCAUGUCGGAUGCCAAUGUCCGCAUCAAGGUGCUAAAGCAAGCUUUGAUGGAGUCUAAACACCUCAUGGCUAAACAGAUCAAGGAAUACCAAGACCUCAUGAAUAUCAAGUUGGGCCUUGACAUCGAGAUAUCCACAUAUAAGAAACUGAUGGAAGGAGAGGAGGAAAGACUUGGACAGCAGAACUUUGCCACUAUCCACUCAGUACCCAUCAGCAGAAAUGUGAGCCCAGCACCCAGCAACAAUAACCAUCAGAGGCGAAGAUCAGGCCCAGUUCUCAUCAAGACGGUAGAGACCAAAAACAUCACAUACAGCUAAAGCAGAACACAUACGACAGUUCUCCGACCUUCUGGAUCACCAUACCCUUCAGAUUAAAUCCUGAUAUUAAUGUCUGUGAAAUGAGUCACACGUGUUUGUUGUUUGUGUUGUUCUCUUCCUGAACUGUGCAGAAAAAAUGUAUCUUGAUGUGAACAGGUGUUUCUUUUCAGGUGUUAUUAAUUAUAAUAAAAUUCCAUGUGCAUCCA